GGUUUGCACUUUUUGCAUCAUGUCUACGGUGCUGUCACAUUCAGAAUCAGUCAUGCCCCUAGAAACACCAUCGUCUUAUAAAGAGAUCAUCAAACAGCUGGCUGCAGAAUUGCCCAAACCCUAUGGAGCAAUACCUCCACUAAUGAAGAAACGACGAAAGAAAAAAAACCGUGAAGUCAAUACCACCACAACAAACUCAACCACAACCACAAACACAACCACCGCAACUACUACCACAGCGAAUUCUGUGGAACAUCCUAGCAAUGAACCUAAGCAAACGAUGCGUCGCAUGUCGCAUGUGGAAGACUGGAUUGUAGUAGACAGUAAAGAGAGUCUGCCGGAUGAAGAAGAACUGGUGAGCAAUUCACCCUUUCGUAACUUUUUAUCGGCCGACUUCUUUACUCAAGUCUUGCCGCUCCAUAUGCCGCCACCGUCACUGAGUGACCCUGGUACAUUGGAAGACGAUGAAGAAGAUGAAGAGCCGGCUUCUUCGAUAAUACCAGAACAAGGAAAAGGGCAAAGACUGGAACUAGGACAAGAAUCAGGAUCUGAACCUGCGUCUUCCUCUGCCUCUGCCUCUGCCUCUGCUUCUGCUUCUGCCUCUGCGCCCGCUUCCGCUUCCGCUUCUGUUCUUGUUUCUGUUUCUGCUUCUGCUUCAGUACCAGUUGAGGUCCGAAGAGGCUCUGAUAGACACAGCCGUAAGUCCAGAAGGACAGCAAGCCCUGAUUGGAAAAGUGAUGGGGAAGAGGAAACGGCGAUAGUUUUGCCAAAGGAGCUUGUGAGACGGCAUUCGAUUUCUUCAUUUUCAAAGGCACUCUUACCGUCCACAUCGACCACGGCAUCGUCUGUAAUGUCGUCGUCUCCUCCCCAGGCCGAUGGUCACAGAGCGCGCUGGAUGGAGACAAUUACCCAGCUACGACGAUCACUGGUUCAGUCGGCUACACCAAAGACCAAAACGAAAAAGAAAAAGACUUUGAUCCCGAUGCCUCUACCUCCUCGUCGGCCAUCCUCCCACCGACGACGUUCCGAAGCAACCACCCAACCACGGUUCAACCCAGAUACGAACACGUACACACGCGAUACCCGAUCGAAUCCCGAUCACCUAAGAAUGAUAUCCGCUGAGCUCAACAUGAUGCGUGCACGGAAACUCCUCAGUCCUCUCAAACCACGCGGUUUCUUGCCUCGCCGCAAAGACCCAUUCGUUCGCGGCCUUGAUAGAAGCCGUUCAGGCUUGCGAUCAGAGCUGUGA